CUCUGAAUAAUGUGUCGGGACAAAUAGAUCAGCAAUUAAUCAAUGUCCAUUAUUGAGUUUGCCGUUCAGUAACAGAUCAAACAACCAACAACAGAGCAAAUGUCACAGGUGUAAAUAUAUAGAACUGGGAUUUUGUGGCCUGAACAGAUACUGAAUAUUAAAUUUAUUUAUUUCAAACUUUAAAAUAUCCAUAUCACAUAGAUAGAUAAAUUGACAAAUCUCUGUGAUGUUCCAGACACUAGACCUGCAUCUAUAUCAAAUCAAACCAAGGCCAUCUGCUCUAAUUGGACCUAUAGGGACAAAUAAUUUGCAGCUCUGAAAAACAAGUGGCGUUACUGUCUGUUUCUUUGCAUUUCAGCUUUUGGAAUUGACUCUGAAGAAAUGUCUGAAUCAAUAUGAGAUGUGGGAAUUGAAAACUCUGAGCAGGUGAGCCACACAUUUUAAACAAACUGAGACAAAUGGCAGAUAAAAAUAUAUUUCUGAACAGGAGAUAUGACAGAGUGUCUGGUUGAGAUUAAUAGGUAACGUAUUAAUCAGAAACAUCUACAGUCAAGGCUAUCAGUGACAAAUGAAGGCAUUUUAAUUAUUACACAACCUGGUCACUGCGUCCUCACAAUCUGAAAAUGCACUUCAGUCCAUUUGGUCCGUUGACUUCCGCCGACAGCAACAACAGAUCUGUUGGGAAACUGGAAAAGCAUGUUUUCCCAAAUGACAAGGCGACAGGUGGAUCAAAGUGUGUCCACGGCAGAUUAUGGAGACUUGAUUGAGUUUGUGAACCCGCUGCUGGGAUUGUCUCUUUGGGGGGUUUAUGUUGGAGAAGGCUUGGUUAUCCAUUUUGGGGUGGGAGACGAGAACAUGACACAAAAAGCCUGCCGCAGCUUUUUUCAGCAAAUGGCUCCAAAGUCCAGUGGGGACCGUGUUCUGAAGCAGACCAGAAUCUGCAAGCAGCGCAUUGAAGAUAUCAAACUGCCUGUAGGAACUCGAAUCAGGGUCAACAACAACAAACACAACCUGAUUCCGUCACCACAGGAGAUGAUGAGAUAUCGCUCUGACACUUUUCUGCAGCAGGAGUUCAAAUACGACCUGAUGAACUUCAAUAGUGAGCAUUUCGCCACAUUUGUUCGUUACGGCCACGCCGUGUGCAACCAGAUUCCCUUUAAGAAAAAGAACGAGGCGCAUGUGGACACAACUCAGACUCUGCAAAUGAUAAUGCAGCAACGGAUGGAGACAGAAUCCUCCUCCUGAGGCAAAGUAAAUAAAAGAAUCCUUCA